CUCUGUUCGCGGUUGCCCGACUAACAGACAAGCUCGAGGACGCAAGCGGGAAGCGAUGAAGACAAUGCCGAGGCCGAGCACAGUUCGCCAAGUAGUGUAUGCGAUCGAGCGAGCGAUGCUUCCGAGUCCAGGGGGAAGGACGGUGGACGGUAUAACGGCCGAGCGGCCAUCGGAGGCUCAGGAGGAGCGAUUCUCGGAGCCGCAGCCGGCGACGAUCGAGGCCUCCAUCGACACCGGACUGAUCACCGCCAUCCGUCCUGGAAUCGUGCCGCGGGAGAGCUACGGGGCCGACUCCGUCGAGUACCAUCUUCUGCCCGCCCCUCUCAUCGUCUUUCCCGGCCUCGUCGAUCCUCAUGUGCAUCUCAACGAGCCCGGCCGGACCGACUGGGAAGGCUUCGAGACUGGCACCAACGCUGCCGCCGCCGGUGGAGUCACUACUCUCGUCGACAUGCCCUUGAACGCUAUCCCCCCUACCACGACGCUCGCCAAUCUGAACGAGAAGGUACGUGCAGCCGAGGGUCAAUGUUUGGUCGAUGUGGCCUUCUGGGGCGGAGUGAUCCCUGGCAACCAGGAUGACCUCCUGCCCCUCGUCAAGGCUGGAGUUAAAGGGUUCAAGUGCUUCUUAAUCGACUCUGGGGUCGAUGAAUUCCCGUGUGUUUCUGCUGAGGAUCUCGAGAAAUCGAUGGCCAUCCUACAGGAUGCGGAUUCGAUGUUGAUGUUUCAUGGGGAGCUAGACUGUGGAGAAGAGAGUGGGACGAGCGCAGAGUUGUUGAAGGAGAGUCAGGCACAGGAUCCAAACCUGUAUGCGAGCUUCCUAGGCUCGAGGGCGCCCAAACUUGAACUAGACGCGAUUGAGCUCAUCAUCCGGCUCAACAAGAAGUACCCGAACCUGCGCACCCAUGUGGUCCAUCUCAGCGCGGCAGACGCGUUGCCGAUGAUCCGAGAGGCCCGGACUACCCAUGGGCUUCCUCUGACGACUGAGACAUGUUUGCACUAUUUGACGUUGUCGACCGAGGAGAUCCCGGAUGGCCGGGCGGAGUACAAGUGUUGUCCGCCGAUCCGGACGGCGGCGAACGGGGACAAGUUAUGGGAGGGACUUGAGGAAGGGACGAUCGACUUUGUGGUCUCGGACCAUUCGCCAUCGCGACGCCGGAGCUCAAGGAGACGGGCAGUCUGAUGGACGCCUGGGGAGCCAUCCGCCGGUCUGGGGCUCGCCUGAGCUUCCUCUGGCCCGAGGCCCGCAAGAGAGCCGUCUCGCAUCUCGAGGGGCGCCUCCUCAAAGGGCUCUGCGAACGGCCCGCUUCCUUUGCGAGCUGGGACGGCCAUAAGGGCUCCCUUGCACCCGGAUAUCAAUGCGACCUCUGCAUCUUUGAUCCCAAUCUAGCCUUCCAAGUUACCAAGGAAGACUUGAAGUUCAAGAACAAGAUCUCGGCUUACAUCGGAAAACAUCUGUCCGGAAGGGUCGUCUCUACCGUCCUCGCCACCCGACUUGUCUACGAUAUCGAGCAUCUCGUCUCUGCUCCUGUCGGCCCUUCCGAACGGCUUGGCAUGCUGCUGUUGAACCGGAAUUGAUUAAUCAUCGAAAUGGUCUUAUCCUGCUUGUCUUUCUAUCCAAUUCAAAACACACAUUGUUAUGUAUCUAUCCAUAUCCAUCCAUGUCGGUUGUGUUUAUUAUAGUUUUGUGUAAUGGUUCUGGUGAAGCAUUGGAGGACUUCCCAUCGGAUCUGGGACCCUCGCAGUUUGCGG